AGGGAAGCCACCUAGAGACGCUGCGCCGUGCGGCUUGAUUGCUGCUACGCGUGCGCAGACGGUUCCGUGCCUGAGUCUUCGUCUUUGCCUCCUCCGCUGCUGCCUUCCCUGGUUUUGAGUCUCGCGUUUUAUUGAUUCGCUCACUGCUGGGCUCGCGCCCCGGGCCAGGGAGCCCGGGGAAGAGGCUGGAAAGAGCUGUUGACCUCCGUCUUUAAACCGUGCGCGGAGCGGCCAUGUCGGCCGGCGAGGUCGAGCGCCUAGUGUCGGAGCUGAGCGGCGGGACCGGAGGGGAUGAGGAGGAAGAGUGGCUAUAUGGCGGCCCAUGGGACGUGCAUGUGCACAGUGAUUUGGCAAAGGACCUAGAUGAAAAUGAAGUUGAAAGGCCAGAAGAAGAAAACACCAGUGCUAAUCCUCCAUCUGGAAUUGAAGAUGAAACUGCUGAAAAUGGCGUACCAAAACCGAAAGUGACUGAGACUGAAGAUGAUAGUGAUAGUGACAGUGAUGAUGAUGAGGAUGAUGUCCAUGUCACUAUAGGAGACAUUAAAACGGGAGCACCACAGUAUGGGAGUUAUGGUACAGCACCUGUGAAUCUUAACAUCAAGACAGGGGGAAGAGUUUAUGGAACUACAGGAACCAAAGUCAAAGGUGUAGACCUUGAUGCACCUGGAAGCAUUAAUGGAGUUCCACUCUUGGAGGUAGAUUUGGAUUCUUUUGAAGAUAAACCAUGGCGUAAACCUGGUGCUGAUCUUUCUGAUUAUUUUAAUUAUGGAUUUAAUGAAGACACUUGGAAAGCUUACUGUGAGAAACAAAAGAGGAUACGAAUGGGACUUGAAGUUAUACCAGUUACUUCUACUACAAAUAAAAUUACGGCCGAAGACUGUACUAUGGAAGUUACACCAGGUGCAGAGAUGCAAGAUGGCAGAUUCAAUCUUUUUAAGGUACAACAGGGGAGAACUGGAAAUUCAGAGAAAGAAGCAGCCCUACCUUCUACAAAGGCUGAAUUUACUUCUCCUCCAUCUUUGUUCAAGACUGGACUUCCACCAAGCAGAAACAGCACCUCUUCUCAGUCUCAGACAAGUACUGCCUCCAGAAAAGCCAAUUCAAGCGUUGGGAAGUGGCAGGAUCGAUAUGGGAGGGCCGAAUCACCUGAUCUAAGGCGAUUACCUGGAGCAAUUGAUGUCAUCGGACAAACUAUAACUAUUAGCAGAGUAGAAGGAAGACGACGGGCAAAUGAAAACAGCAACAUACAGGUCCUUUCUGAACGAUCUGCAACUGAAGUAGACAACAAUUUUAGCAAACCACCUCCAUUUUUCCCUCCAGGAGCUCCUCCCACCCACCUGCCACCACCUCCAUUUCUCCCACCUCCUCCAACUGUUAGUACUGCUCCACCUCUGAUUCCACCACCAGGUAUCCCAAUAACUGUACCACCUCCAGGUUUUCCUCCUCCACCAGGCGCUCCACCGCCAUCUCUUAUACCAACAAUAGAAAGUGGACAUUCCUCUGGUUAUGAUAGUCGUUCUGCACGUGCAUUUCCAUAUGGCAAUGUUGCUUUUCCCCAUCUUACUGGUUCUGCUCCUUCGUGGCCGAGUCUUGUGGACACCACCAAACAGUGGGACUAUUAUGCAAGAAGAGAGAAAGACCGAGAUAGAGACAGAGACAGAGACAGAGAGCGAGAUCGUGAUCGGGACAGAGAAAGGGAACGCACAAGAGAAAGAGAGAGGGAGCGUGAUCACAGUCCUACACCAAGUGUUUUCAACAGUGACGAAGAGCGAUACAGAUACAGAGAAUAUGCAGAAAGAGGAUAUGAGCGUCACAGAGCAAGUAGAGAAAAAGAAGAACGACAUAGAGAAAGACGACAUAGGGAGAAAGAAGAAACCAGACACAAGUCAUCUCGCAGUAAUAGUAGGCGCCGCCAUGAAAGUGAAGAAGGAGACAGUCACAGGAGACACAAGCAUAAAAAAUCUAAAAGAAGCAAAGAAGGAAAAGAAGCUGGCAGCGAGCCUGCCCCUGAACAGGAGAACACUGAAGCCACACCUGCAGAAUAGGCAGAGCUUUUGUCUUCUGUGUGUAUAUUAGUACCAGAGAUAGAUACUAUAAAUCUCAUUAUUUUUCUGGAUAAUGUUUAAGA